AUGGCCGACGAAUUUGUCAAAGUUGCCUCACUCAGCGACGUUCCCCCCGGCGACAUGCUAUCCAUCAAGGUGGGCCCCGAGGAAAUAUUGCUGGUUAACCUCGACGGCGAACUUCACGCCUGCGACGACAUCUGCACCCACGCCUACGCCAACCUUUCCGAAGGCGACCUGGAAGAAGGCGAGUUGGUUUGCCCCCUCCACGGAGCAGUCUUCGACGUGGCCAGUGGUAAGCCCAUUACUCCCCCUGCCACCCAGGCAUUGCGCAAGUUCGCCAUUCGCGUCGAGGGCGAUGACGUCCUGGUGGGGCCAGCCAUCGAGGCCGAAUAG